AUGUUUACAGUUGUCAGCAAGUUGAAAAAAGUGAAGCUUGCUCUCAAGGAUUUGAACAAGAGUGGUUUUACUGAUGUGCAUGCUGCUGACUUGAGAGCUCACAAUGAGCGCAUAGCAGCUCAAGAAGCUAUGCAUAAAGAUCCCACUAAUCUGGAACUAGCUGAUGCUGAGUUGAGAGCUCUUCAUGAAUACAAAGAGAAGCAUAAGAUUUAUUUAGAGUUUUUGAGCCAAAAAGCUAAAGUAGCAUGGCUGAAAGAUGGGGAUGAAAACACUGCUUUGUUUCAUCAGAGUAUCAGAAGCAGAAAUUUGAAGAAUCAAAUUUACAGCAUCCAUGAUAUGGAUGGUGUAUGGAAGGAUAAUCCUACUGAGGUUGCUGAUGCCUUUCUAGAUUAUUACAAGCAGCUGUUGGGGAGUAAACAUGAGACUAGAACCCCAGUUUUGAAGGAGGUGGUGCAGUUAGGUCCUGUGUGUCAAGCUCAUCACAAAGCAAUUUUGAAUGCAAGUUACACUGCAGAUGAAGUUAGGGCUUCCCUUUUUCCUAUUCCAGGAGCCAAGGCACCUGGACCAGAUGUGGUUGAUGCUGUUCUUGAUAUGCUGCAGCAUGGUAAAAUUUUGAAAGAGUUGAACCAUACAGUGAUUACCUUAAUCCCAAAAACCAAAUGCCCCAAAGAUGUGACUGAAUUUAGACCAAUAUCUUGUUGUAACACACUUUACAAGUGUCUUACUAAGGUUCUGUGUGGAAGGCUUAGACAGGUUCUGCCAGAUCUUAUCUUAGAAAACCAAGGGGGCUUUGUGCAUGGUAGGUUUAUUGUUCAUAAUAUAAUGGUUGUUCAGGAUUUGGUGAGACAGUAUGGAAGGAAGGGUGUGAAGCCUAGUUGUCUCAUGAAAAUUGAUUUACAAAAAGCAUAUGAUACUGUGGAUUGGCAAUUUCUCCAGGAAAUGUUAGAGCAUCUAGAGUUUCCACAACAUUUUGUGAAUUUGGUAAUGUAG